GGGAAGUAACAAUCGGCUGGAUGAAGCUAAUCGUAACCGGAACAAUGCUAACAGGCUGUUUGACUCUCAGAAUAACAACAGAGGUGGCUACAAUGUUGGAGGUACUUACUACUAUGAAGGCAGUGAUGUUCAUUUUGAAUGGACCAAUCAGCACUCGUGUGGCAAUGAGAAUAACCACUGUGAGUUGAUCAUCCAGUAUCACUGUGACAGCACUAUCAGAGAUGGGUCAACUACAGGCACCAUUCCGCACAACCCCGGCCUGUGUCAGGACUACAAUUGCGUCACCGAUUUGAAGUACGGCAUGCACGAGAACUUUGACUACUACCAGAACUGCCGUCAUCGGGAGCGCAACAUGGGACUGUUCAUUGCGGACAGGAAUCUGCGGGGCACUACGGCACGGUUCACUCGUCAGAACAACAACGGCAACCGUCAUGCCUACGAGUGUCCUGAGGAGCGUGACUAUUACCCCUACUGGGAGCCAACUCCGUGGAAGGACAUCGUCAUCAUGACAAAUGACACGCGUCGAUGCCCCUAUUACCAGCAAGAGAGCCAGAACGUGAAGAGUCGCUUCUCCUGCAUCGUACCCAGCCCGUACUUCCAGUACAACCGAGAAUGCCGCGGCGGAAACCGGUACAUCAUACCGAUCACUCGCGAGGAGUGCGAGGCUGUCACGUGGAAUUUCGAAAGAGACGCGUCAAGGACCAAGUGCAUCAAUGCGAUCACCGUAGAUCCUACGCGUGACAACACAACGCAAAUCCUGUCCGGCGUGUGGGCCGAGUACCCCAGUCACGGCAUCGCUGCACCCGACUGCCUCGAGGCUCCCUGGUCACGUGACAAUCACCUUGGUAACGGCAUCGGUGGCUUCCCAAACACGUACAACUGGACGAUGCCCAACUUGGAGCAUGAGUUCUGCGUCUUCCGUAUGCGCUACAACAUCACUACAUCGGAAUAUGAUGCAUGGUCACCGGGCAGGAACUGGACGGAGCUGAAUUCCGCUCGCCCCAACCGACCCACAAAUGUUCCUGUUUGGGAGCAGGUUGGACUGAAUGAAACUCUGGGUCGGGCGCGCGGAUACGAGUUUGAGCAAAACCCCGUCGUGGAUAUUUUCGGCACGCCCAACCUGCCAUUGAGGCUCGCUAUCAACACGAACCAGUUUGGCAGGACAUUUCAAGACAGAUCGCACACGUUUGCGUCUCGUCCGCGACCAGAGGAUUUGGAGGAUGCCGUCAUCCACAAUGUGCAGGUGCGCGGCAAACGUGGCAACAUCGUUCAAGUGUAUCCCGGGGUGGAGUACGACUUCGCCCCCAAUCGACUACAGCUAGCAACCAAUGACUACAUCCAUUUCCAGUGGACGGGCUCCAACACAAAUCCCAACAACAACGACGGUCAGGGGCGCCGUGGCACCGACCGACACAACGCCGUGAUGCUGCACGAACCUCGGUAUCCGGAGAGACCGGCCCAGGAUCCGCUAUUGAGGGAGCAGGUGUUUGGCAAGUGGGGCCUCAGCUAUCCGCAGCACUUGGAUAACACGACUUUCCUAGGACUGAGUAGAGAGGAUACAGACAGCCUGGCUUUGCUGACAUCCAGUAAGUAUGCGUUUGACUAUAACUUAUAA